AUGGACCUGAAAAUUCUAUACUUACUGGGUUUUUCAUUUGUUUUUAUGGUAAAAUGUGAUGGAAACUUUAAUAGUGAUGCGAUCAUGUCUUUUGUGACCUUAGAGGAAAGACCUACAUCUCUGCUUAUACCGUAUCUGUGUUGGAGUCAACAUGCUCUCACAUCGUUAGUUCGCAGUAUGAGCAGUAUUGCAGUGACAACUGCUACAUCACUGCAGUAUAACAGAACUGAAUACCAUUUGCAGUAUGUUCUCAUCAUGGCUGAUUUAGCGUGUCCUGGGACUGACAGGUUUUUGAUCAAGGCAAGCAAAGAAGGCUAUUUCAAAGCGCCAUACCGUUGGCUACUACUGAACUAUGACGAUGGUAAAACAGUGCUGAAGGAUGUACAUAUGUUGGUGGACAGUGAUGUCGUCGUUAUCAAGAAGAUUUCAGAUCAAGAGUACUGGUUUAUUGAAGCAUACAAAAUAUCAGAGAACUCCGAAGUCAUCUUCACCCUAAGAUCCAAAUGGAACACCAAAACUCAACUGCAAACUAUCUCCGAAAACACUAGUAUGGUAUAUCGGAACCCUAUUCCAAAUACUCGUCUGGAACUCCCUGGAACAGCUACUGUGGAAUCGGUUUCAAAAAUAACAGUUACUAAAUAUGGCAGGAUGGAAGACUACAGAAGUUCCAACGUGCUGUCUUCUAGAAGACAUGAUUUGAGAGGCCAUAUACUGACUAUGUCGAAUGUGAUAACUGAUAGCAAUGAAACAAGGGUGCAUAUGAAUGAUAGACUGAACCUUCAUCAAGACUCCAUAACUAAAAUGUCGUACGCCGUAGUGAAGAUUUGCUUCGAAAUGCUGAACGCGACCGAAAGGCUCAUGUUCACACACACAUGGGGAUAUAAGGACAAGAAUGGACAGUGGCAGGGGAUUGUGGAUCAGCUACUGAAGAAGGAAGCUGAUCUUGGUACUCUAACAAUCUUCACCCAAGAGCGCAUGAUGGCAGUAGACUACAUAGCCAUGGUGGGCUCCACCGCAGUCCGGUUCGUGUUCCGAGAGCCCCCUCUCUCGUACAUCUCUAAUAUAUUCACCCUGCCCUUCUCGGGGGCUGUGUGGCUGGCUAUAUUCAUCUGUGUGCUGGGAUGCUCUAUAUUUCUGUAUACUGCCUCGAAAUGGGAAGCUAGUAUGGGUAUGCAUCCACUGCAACUAGACGGAUCAUGGGCUGAUGUGUUGAUUCUGAUGAUUGGUGCAGUUCUACAACAGGGAUGUACACUAGAACCUAGAUACGCCGCAGGACGCUGCGUAACCCUGAUCCUAUUCCUGGCUCUAACGAUCCUCUACGCGGCAUACUCAGCGAACAUCGUGGUGCUACUACGAGCCCCCAGUUCCUCAGUAAGAAGCCUGCCCGAUCUCCUCAACUCCCCACUCAAGCUGGGAGCCAGUGACUUCGAGUAUAAUCGGUAUUUCUUUAAGAAACUUAACGAUCCUAUAAGGAAGUCAAUUUAUGAGAAGAAAAUUGCUCCCAAAGGGAAGAAAGCAAAUUACUACUCUAUGAAGGAAGGGGUCGAGAGGAUUAGAAAGGGCCUAUUCGCGUUCCACAUGGAGCUGAACCCGGGCUACCGUCUAAUCCAGGAGACGUACCAGGAAGACGAGAAAUGUGAUCUGGUGGAAAUUGAUUAUAUUAACGAGAUAGACCCCUGGGUGCCGGGGCAGAAACGAUCGCCUUUCAAGGAUUUAUUUAAAAUUAACUUUCUCAAAAUCCGCGAGUCCGGAGUACAAGCGAACAUCCACCAGCGUCUAACCGUCCCGCGACCGCGAUGCUCAGGCCACGUGUCCACCUUCAGCAGUGUCGGCAUCACCGACAUGUACCCAGCGAUGCUGAUGACGCUGUACGGCAUGCUGCUCGCGCCAGCUGUGCUGCUCAUGGAGAUCAUGUAUCAUCGACUAAUGUUAGCCAGACAGCAGAAAAGAGGCACCUCAGAUUACGACCACAUCCCCCAGCCUUCGAGAGUUUACGUUACCAAGAAAUACCUUGGUACCUAUUUGUCCAGGGAACUACAAUACGACUCAAUAACAAAAGCGUGCUGGUCAGCCGCCAAGAUCGGCUUCGAGAUGAUCAACGCGACUGCCAAGUACAUCUUCAGCUACAGAUACGGAUACAAAGUGGAUGGCCAGUGGUCGGGCAUGAUCGCUGAUCUCUAUUCUAAUAAAGCUGAUGUUGGCACUAACUGCGUGAUAUUCCGCGAUCGGUUCGACGUGGUGACCUACACAGACCUGGUGGCUCCCAUGCGGAUGCUAUUCAUCUUCAGACAGCCACCCUUAGCGUACGUGGCUAAUGUGUUCUACCUUCCCUUCUCCACCAGGGUUUGGGUUACUAUAGCCGUUUGUACUGCUAUAGCUACCGUUACUUUGUACUUGGCAAGUAAGGUGGAACUGGUUUUGACGAAGGCUUCUACACAACAGCAGCUAGAUGGUGGAAUUUGUGAUGCUCUGCUGUUAACGAUGAGUGCAGUAACUCAGCAAGGGUGUUACAUAGAGCCAAGGAGGGCACCAGGUCGUAUGAUGGUGUUUGUGCUGUUCACGGCGCUGAUGGCGCUGUACGCGGCGUACUCCGCCAACAUCGUGGUGCUGCUGCAGGCGCCCUCCGACUCCAUCCGCAGCCUGCCGCAGCUCGCCAACGCUAAGAUCACCCUCGCCGCCAACGAUGUGGACUAUAACCAUUUCGUUUUCAAUCAAAGCAAAGAACCUCUCCAUACUUCAAUAAGGGACAGAGUUUUUCCUGAAAAUGGAAAAGCACGACUUUACAGCCUUGCUGAUGGUGUUGAAAGAAUCAGAAAGGGUCUGUUCGCACUCCAUUCAGUGGCAGAGCCAGUAUACCGUCAGAUUGAAGCCACAUUCCUGGAGAGUGAGAAGUGUGACAUCGCAACUGUGGAUUACCUGGUGACCUUCGACUCAUUCACUCCUGUCAGGAAAGGAUCCCCAUAUUUGGAGCUGAUUAGAGUUGUUCACAAGCAAAUUCGCGAGUCCGGCAUCCAAUCAGCGAUCCGCAAGCGGUUCCUCGUCUCCAAGCCCCACUGCACCACCAAGAUGUCUUCGUUCAGCAGCGUGGGCCUGAUGGACAUGCGGCCAGUGCUGAUCCUCAUGCUGUAUGGCGUCGCUGUGUCAGUCACCAUCGUGAUUGGGGAGAUCGCUGUGUAUAAACUGAUGAACCGGUACAAAAGGAGUUCCAAAGUUCAAUUGAUCAAAGUCAUGAAGUAGAUGCUACAAAAGCGUUCUUUGUUUAGAGCAAAUAUUUUUGCCCAUGUAUUUUCAAUAGAUGCCUUAUGUUUCAUUAGUGUAAAUGGGUAGUAAACAUAGGAAUAAAUGAGUAAACCAUACGUAGAAUA